UAAAAUAUUUCGUCUCUUCAAAUACUUUGUUAAAACGGUUUCGUUUCGAGUGAACGUCUUUGCAGGUGUGACGAUGGGAGACACCGUCGUGGAGAAGACCGCCGAAGAGCUACGACGUGAGAUCAAUGAGCUUCGCCGUCAGCAACGUGAGAUUACUGAGAGGCUUCGUGACCCUCGUGGACUCCGCCGAGGAGGACUCUCUGGUGCUGCUCCCCCUCGCAACCAAGCUCGUAGAGGUUUUCGUCGACCGGCGGAGAGGAAUGAUGUGGAAGACGAGCCUCCUGCUAAACGGAGAUUGUCUUCCGCCGUUGUUAAGGUCGAUGGUGAAGAUGUUAGUAAUGAUGGGAACGAAACACAUGUUUCAGCUGGUGAAAAUGGGAACUCUGAUCAAAGGGACAAGAAGCUAGAUGGUGGUCAGCAUCGUGGGAGUUGGUCUCAGAGGGAUGCGGAACAAAGAGGGAUUAAGAAGGGUUAUGAAGCUAUAGCAUUGCCUGAGCCUGCACCAAGGCAAUUACCUAAGAAUGAGGAUCCUAAUCUGGUUAAGAGAAACAGAAGAAUGCUGGGGAAUCUUCUAGGGACUUUGGAGAGGUUCAGAAAAGAAGAUAAACAGCUUUCUGGAACAGAUGCCUAUGCUCGACGGUCUGCUGCUCUACAGAAGGCUGAGCAAAAGGCUCGAGAAGAAAGUGAGCGACUGAGGCUGCAAGAGCGUGAAAAUCUGACUGAAAAGAGGAGAAGAGAUCUUACGCUUCGAGCCCGUGUUGCUGCUAAAGCAGAACAGAAAGAGUUGGAACUGCUAUUCCUUCGGUGGUGUGAGCAGAAGAAAAAACUUAGCAAUUUUAUAAGGACCAAAUCAGAGCCACAGAUAUACUAUGCACCAACGAAGCCUUUGGAAGAAGAUACAACUGAGACAGAGCAACGCAAAGAGCAGGCUUUCUUAGAAUGGAAGGCAGCCAAGAGACAAGAGGUGAGUGAGUAUCAAAAGGAGAUAGAAGAGCGAUAUCUGGGUAGUGUUGAGAAAGAGCUGGAAAGGUGGCAAAACGCAAGGAAGGCGCGGAAAGCAAACAACGAGGCUAUGAAUUUGCAGGAGACAAUGGAUAAGGAGUUAGAGACGCACAGGAUGGAGCACGGGCCAAAGAAAAGGAAGAUACCUGGAGCUGGAGGAGAAGAUGAAGAAGAUGAAGUAGAGGAUAUCAGUGGUGGGGAGGAUGAUAUAACAAUAGAUGAUUUACUGCAAGAGGGAGGAGAUGGAAACGUCAAGGAAGUGGCCACUGAUACUGCAGAAGCAGUGGAAGGCGACAUUACACUUUAAAUUGUCAAAGAUGUUAGUGUGUUUGUUCUUGAUGCUUGUUACUUAUAGUGCACCUUGCGGGAGUUUAUGAGUUAGAAAACGACUGAGAAAAUCUAUUUCAGAGGGUUGUUAGCUGGGGAAACUUGAAAAAUCUAUGCUGGAGUGUGUUAUUGAAUGUGAAGGAUUUUGCCAUGUGA